CCAAUGGUAGAGCCGCAGAGGAUGGUAUCUCUUCACAUAAAAUCCCUCUCUCUCUCUCUCUCUCUCUCUCUGUAUAUAGAUAGAUAGAUAAAUAGAUAGAUAGAUAUCAAGACGUCUCACUCGGAUUACUAUGAAUAGGAAAAACUGCAAUAAAUCGGAAUAAAAGAGCCAAUCGCCAUUGUAAGUCAUCAUGCUUCAGUGUCCUGUGAAUCGCUUUAAGAGCUGCGCAUGCGCACUGGCUGGACCAACCGGAAACGCUUUUUCCGCUAUUUGAGCGUAAGCAACAUUUACGCGUCAGAUUUUACCGUUCAUUCAGGUUUUUCCACAUUCCAGAAAGUAGGAAUUGAUUUUGCAUGAGCAAAACAGCUGCCCAGAGGCCAUGAAAAUAUGGCCAGAGAGUGAAGUGACUUUCCUCCAUAAGGACUUUGACAACAGUGACUCCAGAGAGCAGAUGGACGGGCCGGUCGGGGCGAUGCGUGUGUUGGUGACAGGCGGUAGUGGACUGGUGGGGCGAGCGAUAGAGCGGGUGGUGAAAGAGGAGGAGGAGGGAGGGAGAGAAGGAGAAGAAUGGAUAUUCCUGUCAUCCAAGGAUGCUAAUCUCAUGAGUGCUGAAGAGACGAGAUCAGUUUUCCAGAAAUAUCGUCCGACACACGUCAUUCAUUUAGCCGCCAUGGUAGGCGGGCUCUUCAGAAACAUGAGACAGAACCUGGACUUCUGGAGGAAUAAUAUAUUUAUCAAUGACAACGUGCUGCACACGGCUCAUGAGUUUGGGGUGGUGAAGGUCGUUUCUUGCCUGUCCACGUGUAUAUUCCCAGAUAAAACCACCUACCCCAUAGAUGAGACCAUGAUCCACAACGGUCCUCCACAUGAGUCUAAUUUCGGUUAUGCCUACGCCAAACGCAUGAUUGAUGUCCACAACAGGGCGUGUUUUCAGCAGUACGGUCGGCGAUACACCGCCGUCAUCCCCACCAAUGUUUUUGGACCCCAUGACAACUUCAACAUUGAGGACGGUCACGUGCUGCCGGGCUUGAUCCACAAGACUUACCUGGCAAAGAAGGAAGGUAAACCUCUGCAGGUCUGGGGUUCAGGUCGCCCUCUGCGUCAGUUCAUCUAUUCUCUGGAUCUGGCUCGUCUGUUUGUGUGGGUUUUGAGGGAGUAUGACGAGGUGGAGCCCAUCAUUCUGUCAGUUGGAGAAGAGGAUGAGUUGUCUAUAAAGGACGCUGUGGACGCUGUGGUUGAAGCGUUGGGGUUCAAAGGUGACGUGAUUUAUGACACUAGUAAAGCAGACGGUCAAUUCAAGAAAACCGCCAGUAACGCCAAACUACGCAAAUACCUGCCAGACUUCAAGUUCACGCCAUUCAAAGCAGCCAUCAAGGAGACGUGUGAUUGGUUUGUGGCCAAUAAUGACAUCGCCCGUAAAUGAAGAUCUGCACAUCUCAUUGGCUGUGGGGUAGUUUCACGGAACAUUCAGACUGACGGCAGGUCUGGAUUCCAUAGUAGCUUUCAUUGGCCAAGGACCGCCCAGAGGCCAUCUGACUGACAUGUAAAACAACCAAUCACAGUUUGUUUUGUUCUGCAGGGGCGUGAAAACGUAAAGUCAAUGUCCCUACAAUAACAGACUGGCUUGUAAAAUAUAUUUAAAGAGUCUAUGCUGCAAACUCUCAUACUUUUGAAAAUCCAGUGUUUAGUUGGUCAUGAUAAUUGCUUGUUAUCACAGUUGUAGAAUUCAACCAAUCAGAUGAUGACUUUGAAACUCCUGAAGUGUUUCCAAUUUUGUGCCAUAUGCAACGUUCAGACAACGUUCUGAGGCUGUGAGUCUGAACACUGUUAAAUGCUGGAAACCAAUGACUGAUCAGACCCUUUUGAUAUUUUUUGUGAUUACAAAAUCAUUGAACACUGCUGUUUUAGCUCUCUUUUUAUGUUUAUUUAAAGUUUUAUAAUAUAUAUGGGUGUUUCUGCAACUACGGUCACUUUUGACACUGCCAAUUUUUAAAAAAAAAUCAACCUCUAUGAAUUUAAAUUUUAACCAUCAGUCUGUAAUACAUACAAAAAUGUACACAAAAUUGAAUGUAGACGUUAAGAUUUUAAUCCUUCUUGGUUUUCAUCACUUCUUACAAAAUGUCCUUACCGCAACAAUACAACAACAGUAAUUUUAUACACUUUUCUUUUUUAAUUUCUAUAAAAAUGUAAUACAUUUACAUAGUUACUUUCAAGAUUUGUCAAUUUUUGUAAAUACAAAUAUUAAAAAAUAAUUUAAAAUUAGGGAAUUUUAUGAUAUUCUUUAUGCCAUGGAAAAUUUUGAUGCUAACCUAUAUACCAAUUGUUUUAAUACACGACAAAGAUAAAUUAUUUCGCUUUUUAUGACAAAUAUUGUCAUUUUAAUGUGUAAAUCAUCUCUACUGAAGGGUUAAAAUAAUUUUUGCAAACAACAGUAUUUUGUUUUGUCCUCAGGUUUCUUUUGUUUAUCCUCCACUGUCGUUCCUCUGCUCUUUUUUUUAAUGCUCUUUUCCCAUAACUAUUCGUAUCUGUCAGGGUCUUUUAAGUCUCUGCAUUUCUCUCUUAUUAUCUGAUUUGGUAUCAUCUAGGCUUGCAAAAAUGGUAUGUUUAUAUUUAGAUUACAGUUUAAAACUUGAAUUUGUCUCUACCGCAACACCUAAAAUGUUGCAGAAAUGACGUUUUUGCUAAUAUUGCUGAUAUUAGCAUCAGUUUUGACUUUUAGCACCACAUAUACAUGUAUUCAACAGUCAAGGUGUGUAAUGACACUGUGUUUACAUUUAAGAAGCUUUAGAUGACAAACUAACAUAAACCUUAAAUUUCACUACUGGGACUUAAAAGUGCCCGUAGUUGCAAAACCACCCAUAUAUAUACAAUUACUAAAACUGCAAAUGCUGCGUUUUCCAGUACAUUUAUAUAAAUGCAUGGACUGCUCCAUUCACACAGCACUGUGCAUGAGCUAAUGGCGCCAUCUUGCGGCUGUGCGCGGGACACACUUUGUAUCUCAGCCAAGGUCCAAAAUUAAAUUCUUUGUCUAUAA